AUGGUCACAAAGUCGCGAGGCUUCCUGGGCCGAGACGACCCGUGGCGGCGGCAUCUCGACACCGGGAAUUCAGACGCCGGUCCCUGCAAGUCAGGCCUGAAACCUUGCCCCUGGAGGAAGCCAGCAGCCCCUCGGGAUUCUGUCUCCAGACCGCUGAGCCAGCCCACAUCUGGAGCAGAGUCCGGUGAGACCUGUCCACCCAGACCUGACAGAUGGCAUCUGGACAAGGACCAGGUCCUCCGAGAGAGGGCUGUGAAGAGCCUCCCUCCCCUUCUGCAGGUAGCCCGGGACACAGAGGAGGUCUUUCGAAGCUACGUUUUUUACCUCCACCACCAGGAGCAAGAGACCCAGGGAGCGGCUGCCCCUGCCAACCCCGAGAUGGACAACCUGUCCCUAGAACCCAAUAGUGUCUUGGGUCAGGUGGGUCGGCAGCUCGCGCUCAUCGGAGAUGACAUUAACCGGCGCUAUGACACCGAGUUCCAGAAUUUACUGGAACAGCUUCAGCCCACCGCCGGGAACGCCUAUGAACUCUUCACCAAGAUCGCCUCCAGCCUGUUUAAGAGCGGCAUCAGCUGGGGCCGUGUGGUGGCUCUCCUGGGCUUCGGCUACCGCCUGGCCCUGUAUGUCUACCAGCGUGGUCUGACCGGCUUCCUGGGCCAGGUGACCUGCUUUCUGGCUGACAUCAUACUUCGCCACUACAUUGCCAGGUGGAUCGCGCAGAGAGGCGGCUGGGUGGCAGCCCUGAAUCUGCGCAGAGACCCCAUCCUGAUCGUAAUGACCAUUUUUGGCGUGGUUGUGUUGGGCCAGUUCGUGAUACACCGAUUCUUCAGAUCCUGACUCCCGGGGCGCCCUUCGAGGCCCCAGCCGGAAAGCCUGCCUGGGCUCCGGCCUCAACCUCUCCCCACCCCAGUCUCUCGUUCCUGCUUUGGAGAACCACUGGCCAGGGUCAUCGAGGCAGCAUGCGUACCCCGACAUUGCAUGGUGCUACUGGACCCCGUCCUGUUGGGGGGGCUGACUGAUGCCCUGCAAGGGCCAUAGACUGGCAGUGCUUCACAGGAAGUUUUUAACGGUUUUGCUUUUUAUACUACCCUUUGGAUACAACACCCCUCCCCACCCCACCCCGCCCUUUUCUUCCACUGUGCUGGGGACCAGCCCUUCUAACCUGCCUUCCCAGGACUCCUCCCGUUGAGGAAGGCCAGAACUUGAGAGGGGCCCUACCCCAGCCCCAGGAAUAGGGUGCUAGCUGUAGGUGUACAUGACCUGCUCAGUCCCCAUUUUCUACCCCCACGCUCACCCCGUCCACCCUCCACUUCCCCCUGCCCCCCUUCCCACCUCCUGCCAUGUUCCGGUUUGCCUUUGUGGCUGGACUCUCAGGGAUUCUGAGCCCGGAGUGAUGGUGGUGAGAGUUCAGGCCAUGGCUGUCUGAACGCGUCCAUCACUGCCCUCCAAACCUGCAUCCCUUCCUGACAUCCACCCAGUUCUCAGCCAUCCCCUGACCUAAAGACCACUCCUCCCAAGCCGGUGGGGAGGGGAGGCUCUUACCUUCUCCCCAGGGCCCUCAGGUGAGCCUGCCUGCUGGGGAGGCCCCGUAACCCACUGCAGAGCCUCGGACUCAGGCAUUAGGACAGGGGAAGGGUAGGCACUCACUUGGAGGUGUCCGGGCAAGAGAAGGACUACACCAGCAGGGACAGUGUGGACCGGGUGCAGUGUCACCCUGGAACCUGCGAAUACUUGAACCCCACCACCCAUGCUCCUCAUCGGCCGAGGCCCUCCUUGGGUGGGCUAGGCCUGUCUUCUCUAUCUUGUACAAUAGAGAGUUAAGGGGAGAGAAAAUUCCUGACUAAGCCAAAUGCAAGGAGGGAAGGCAGAGGGGGUCCCCCCCCUCGACUGUGUCUGGAAAUAAACUGUGCAAUCCCCCCCAA